AUGGACAUUCAUCACCCAUUAAGUCACCAAUUAGAUACUCUACUGAAUGAUUCUGAGGGUGUUCAACAAUUUCACAAAUUUCUUUCGUCUACUUUUUCCUCUGGUCAUCUAUUAGACUUCUGGUUUGCCUGCAAAGGAUUUCGCUCCAUAGUGGAUGGUGAUGAUCAACUCAAACUUCUUCAAGUAGCAAAGGCCAUCUAUCGGACUUAUAUCAAAACUGAUGCCGCUUUAUCGGUUCCUGUAAAUGAUUCUACGAAGCGGGAAAUUCGUUCCACAUUAACUGCAUUUUCACAAUCCUACCACAAUUCGAUUAAUGGCGAGAAACGUUUCCCCAUUUUACGCUCACUUUUCGAUGCUGCUCAGGCGGAUAUUCAAAAUAUUCUUGCUCGCAGCUAUUUUCUUGAAUUUCUUCAAUCCGAUUCCUACCGUAUGAUUCAUCAAUCCCUUUCGGUGUUGGAGUGCAAUUCCGUUCUUCCUGGAAAAUCUUCUCGCCAUGGAUUUACCGACCAAUCAGAAAAUUUAAGACGUGGAAAUUAUUUGGGCUCUAAUCCUCAAAAGUGCCGAAAUCAAUCAGGAAGUGGGGAAGGCGUAUCCCAUUCUACGAUUGAUCCAACUGAUCAAAACUCCUCGACUUGUGUUAUGGAUCAAUGCGAUGUUCCUUGCCUUCCUUCUGCAACGCAUGCUGCAAAAGCAUCGAACUGCGGAACAAUAUCCUCAGAUAAAAGUCGCCGGACAACGGCCGAGACUGGUAUUUCUGGUCCACGGGAACUGGUUACAGCUUCUGAACUCAUUACCUACAUUAAUCCCGCAGAGCGUGCUGUUGCUGCUCCAAGUAACAAUCCCAAUCCCAAUGCCAUUUCAAUGUCUAUAAAUCCAGAAAAUGACCAUCCCAAUCCUACUAAGCCACCUCCUCAAAUGGGGUCCAAUGCGGUCCCGGCUAAUGAUGUCACAACUGCCACCACUAAUACUUCUCGAAAACCCGGUACAAAUCUGGCUGAAAUCGAUCCCAGCGCUUUUGCUCAGACUUUGAGUCACAGACUAGAGAAGGUGAAGGAGUCUCGAGGGAAAAUGGAGCGCCUUUUAUCCAGGAUGCAACCCAUUGAUGCGGAAGAAGCAGGUGGGGAAGACUCAGAAUUGGCUUCCAUCCAUGCCGAAGUUGCAAAACCUCCUACUCCUCCUCUACCCAUCCGUUCUACUCGUCUAUCUUCAAGUUCCCGUCGGGCGACUUCAGCAGCUAGUGGUGAUUUGCUUCGCAAGAAGUUGUCUGCUCUUGUGCCUCCAUCUGUUGCAUCAGGAGUUCCAGUUCCAGAUGACGCACAAGUCAUUCUGGAAGACCACUGCUCUCGAAUCUGGACGGAUGAACGCCGUGGACAGCCUCUUAAUGUUUGUCGAAAGGGAGGAAGUGGUCGUCGCUCGGAUGUCUAUUCAAUAUCUUCCUUCGAUAGCGGAGUCGGAACCUGCGGUGCUGGAGGUCUUAAUAGCUCUGAUUCUGAGUCCUGCGUAAGUCGGGCUGGCGCUUUUCAUCAUCACCACCACCAUCAUCAAAGCUACCAGAGGUGGAAUUACGCCCCUCCUCAGCAACCGUCCUGCUCAUUCUGUCGACGUACACCUUCUAUGAGCUCAACUCCAGCUGAUCAUAGGAAAGAAGUGAUAACGAGUGGUGGUAGUAGUAGCAGUGGAAAUUACAGAUGGGGAGUACAAUAUACUCGAAUGCAACAACAAUAUCACCAUACCAGCACCCAUCACUACAAUCUGGAAGGGAGUGGUCGGGCAAUGCGUAGCCGAAGCUUGACCUCUGACUCACCUAGUGUCUUCGAUUCAGGCCUCUCAUCGACUUAUGAUCAUCUACCACCUCCAAGAAGGUCAAGGCAUGAAGAAACGCAUAAGAUUGUGCAACCGCAACAAAUCGAUGGUGCAACUCCAACAUCAUUCGGUGGGCGUAUGACCCCUCUUGCAAAUUGUGGGGAGAAUGGUGAGCUUAGCCAUCGCCUUUUGAGUGAAGGCAAUGAACCUGGACUCACAGCUUCGAUAACAACAAGUCUCGAUCUUCUCAGUCCUGGUUACCAUCCUCCGCCGCCUAAUAGACCUGAACGACAAAAGUUUGCUACUACUGCCUGUAGUGGAACGAUUGGCAGUACUGUUACAACUCGUUGUACAGAGAGUGCUCUUCUCAAAGUCAAUCCUGGAGGAAAUGGCGUUUAUCCACCAUCAUCCCUCCUCUCUCCGCCAACAGGACCUACCUUCAGCCUCGUGGUUGGCUACUACCUCUGUGAUGACCCAGUUCCCUAUCGAACUGUCUGGACUGGUCCUCUCGUUUCUCCUGACUCUCCUCCCUUUAUCACUCUGGGACAAUUCAAACAACUGGUUGCCAAAAAGGGUGUCUACCGAUACUUCUUCAAAACGGCAAGUGACGAUUUCGGAACUGGGUGUGUACAUGAAGAGGUUGGAGACGAUAACGCGAUAUUGCCACUUUGGGAGGGCAAGGUGAUAGCUCGCGUGGAACGAGCGGAUUAA